GGGCGGGCGCUGAGCUGCCGCCGCUCCGCCAGAGCGGGGAGAGCCGCAGCCGCAGCGUGUGUGCGUGCGCGCGUGUGUGUGAUGAGCGAUCGCCGCGUCCCUCCGCCCGCCGCCGGCUGACACCCCCAGCGCCGGGCGCGCCAGGAGCAGCGGCAGGAGGAGCCGAGGAGCCGCGGCCACCCCGCACUGACCUUGGCCCGGGAGCGCACCAAAAGAGGAUCAAAUCUGUGGGACAUGGCACAAGGAAAUAAUUAUGGGCAAAGCAGCAAUGGGGUGGCUGAUGAAUCCCCAAACAUGCUGGUGUACAGAAAGAUGGAAGACGUCAUAGCUCGCAUGCAAGAUGAGAAAAAUGGGAUUCCUAUUCGUACAGUCAAAAGUUUUCUUUCCAAGAUCCCCAGUGUCUUUUCUGGUUCAGACAUUGUUCAGUGGUUGACAAAGAACUUAUCUAUAGAAGAUCCAGUGGAAGCUCUACAUUUGGGAACGCUGAUGGCAGCACAUGGUUAUUUUUUUCCAAUCUCAGACCAUGUUCUAACACUAAAGGAUGAUGGCACAUUUUAUCGAUUCCAGACGCCCUAUUUUUGGCCUUCAAAUUGUUGGGAGCCGGAAAACACAGACUAUGCGGUUUACCUCUGCAAGCGGACAAUGCAAAAUAAAGCAAGGCUAGAGCUAGCAGACUAUGAAGCUGAGAGCUUGGCCAGGCUACAGCGAGCAUUUGCUCGGAAGUGGGAGUUUAUUUUUAUGCAAGCUGAAGCACAAGCAAAAGUUGACAAGAAGAGAGACAAGAUAGAAAGGAAAAUUCUUGACAGCCAGGAGCGAGCGUUUUGGGAUGUGCACCGGCCAGUGCCUGGAUGUGUAAACACUACUGAAGUGGAUAUAAAAAAGUCUUCAAGAAUGAGAAAUCCACAUAAAACAAGAAAGUCUGUCUAUGGCUUACAAAAUGACAUCCGAAGUCACAGCCCUACUCACACACCAGUACCAGAGUCUAAGCCUCCCACAGAAGAUGAACUACACCAAGAGAUUAAACACUGGCAAAUGCAAUUAGACAGACAUCGAUUAAAAAUGUCAAAAGUUGCAGAGAGUCUAUUAGCUUAUACAGAGCAGUAUUUGGAAUAUGAUCCUUUUCUUGUGCCCCCUGAUCCCUCAAACCCUUGGAUAUCUGACGACACCACUUUCUGGGAACUGGAGGCAAGCAAAGAGCCAGGACAGCAGAGGGUGAAACGAUGGGGAUUUGGCAUGGAUGAAGCUUUGAAAGACCCUGUGGGAAGAGAGCAAUUUCUCAAGUUUCUGGAGUCUGAAUUCAGUUCAGAAAAUUUAAGGUUCUGGUUAGCAGUAGAAGACCUGAAGAAGAGGCCUAUCCGUGAAGUUCCUGCUCGUGUCCAAGAAAUCUGGCAAGAAUUUCUUGCUCCAGGUGCACCCAGUGCCAUCAAUCUAGAUUCAAAAAGUUAUGACAAAACCACGCAGAAUGUAAAAGACCCUGGAAGAUACACAUUUGAAGAUGCUCAGGAGCACAUUUACAAACUGAUGAAAAGUGAUUCUUACCCUCGUUUUAUACGAUCCAGUGCCUACCAGGAGCUGCUACAGGCCAAGAAAAAGGCAUUACAGACUCCGAGGGACUCUCUAGCCUUUCGAUGCCUCCAUUUCGAAAACUGUCUGCUCACUUCCUCCUUCAUAUCAAGCUGGAUCUGUGUCUUUUUAUUUUCUGCAAGCUCAAGUACAGUGAAAAAAAAGCUUCUGCUAGGCACAGUUUAUUAAAAAAAUACGUCAAUCAAAAACUGGAAGAAAUGUAAAAAAUGCAUAUAUUAAUAAAUAUACAUAUGGCAUCACAUUUAUUGCACAAUAAAUUAGCACAGAAGGUUUCAUUUCACUGAUGUAUUCACAUUGAGAAAGAAAACCUGUGUCUUUGUCUGUUGUCUGUAUAUUCUCUGUUAAUGUUUCUUGCAUUUAUUUUUAUACCAUAUUUAAAAAAGAACACCUUUUAUUCCAGAUGUAUUAAAGUUGAUCCUUCCUCUGUAAAUUUGUGUAUGUUUAUAUUGUUGUUUUAUCUUUCAUUAAAAUAUGCAGAGUCUCUUUCCUUUGGGAAGUUUGAGAUUUUAAUACUGAAUCUGAAGAUUAGUCCAGAGCAAAGCCAUUCCCAAAAGUUACAUGCCUUGUGCUUUCUAAAAAGUGACAUGAAAUGGCAUUUUCUUUCUCUGAGUGACACCUAACCAAACACACUUUAUUGAUAAUCAUUUACUCUUCAUUUUCUUUUUAGCAAGCUAGCAGCAGGGAGACCUUUCCAGCUUGCUCAUCAUCACAUAAGCAAACUUUUCUUCAUGCUAGAUCAAGUCUGUAAUGGUGCAGUCUACACAGUUUGCUCAACGAUUCAGUUGCUGUCCAAGAGCAGAUCAACUAAACUGCAUUUUCUUAGGAAUGGACGUGAUCAAGUCUGGCUGAGAACAUGAGUAUGCUUUUGCUAAAUAUGACACCAUUUCUUUCUCCUUGCUGUCAUGUGUGCCACAGUGCAACAUUUUAAGUUGAAGAGAUGGUGGUUUGGAAGUGCUGAGACUUGAGCUCAAACCUUGGGCUGUAAAUGAAGAAAACUGCAAUUUUAACUCAGGGGCUCAGUUCAAGUGCACUGUUGUAUGUGUGUCUAAUAGUGAUAUUCAUGUAAGAGAUCUACUUAUAGGUUCAUAGGAGCUUGCAGACAUCGUCCAUGAGACAAUGGAUAUAGAGCCUUCUGCUGCUAAAUGGAGCUAGAGAUGUAAUAUCUCAGAAGAGAAGCAGCAUUUUUGCGUAAUAGAUGAUGUAAAGAUAGUGGCAGAAUCUCCAAGUAGAAAAGCAGUGGUGUGAACUAAGGCAAAUGACAAAUAGCUCCGGGGCAUUAUAUGGUGUGUAGGACAAAUGUACUGAAAGAGCCUUUUUAGCCAUGCACAGGAUUGGCUCAGGACAGCCAGAGCCGGUACCAUCUGUUGUACUCACUUUUGUGUGAUAUUGAUAAACAGAGAUCUUGUUCCAGAGGGACUGCUAAACCUAAAAAUGUCAUCUUUCCCCCCGCCCCCCCAUUCCUGACACAAAACAAGCUGGCCGUAGACACAAUCCAGCAUUACAUUUGAAUAGAUUAGUGCUGGAGUCAUCUCAUUCAGCACCAGAUGCCUACCUGCGUUACUGCCGCUGGGACAGGGCUGCUGUGGGCAGAAGGGAGCUGAGCUGCCAUAACCCUGACUGCAGCAUCCCCAGAGAAAUGGCCUCAAUAAACCCAGGAACAAACACAUUGUUCAUCACCAUGAAUGGCUUCUCCCCUGGUUUUUGCUUGGUUGAGAUCUGGGGAAGGGAAGGGAAUUCGUUUUUUUUUGUUGUUGUUGUUCUUUGUUUUCACAUGCUGUGGUGUUUCUGGUUUCUAACUAGGAUAAUAAUCACUGCGUUAAAGUGUUGCAGUUUCUGUCAGCACAAUGCUUCCAAGCUGAGUUUUAUCACAGAACACUGGUAAUGCCCAUGAGAGCUUGAUUUUAUCAAGAGCUCCAUCUAGGUCAAGUCAAAAUAUUCACAGUCUAGGAGGCUAGAUGAAUUCUAAUAAAUAGUCACACUGAACCCCAGAUCUUAAACUCUGAGAUUUAAUUUUCCUUUACUGCAGAAAUGAGAGCUCUGAGGCAUGAACUUAGGGCCAGGAUAUCCACAGAAAUUUGAGCUCUGUUUCACUUUUCAGUGCCAAAUGGAGAUAUUUAUUUCCCAACUCCUGCUGCCACCGAUUGCAUCAGCUGGUAUACUGCCUGCUUUUCCUUAGGAUUUAACUAAUUAGAUACCAAUGUCUGCUUUGAAGAAUCACUCCCAUCAAAUAAUUAACAUUUCAGAUUCACGCAUUAAAUAUUUCAUGCAACUUACCAUAAGGAAAUUAUUAUUUUUAUUUCUUCUCAAAACAUUUUGCAACAUUGUUUGGACAAAUACAUGGAUUAUUUGUAUCCCUAGACCCAUUUCAUUCUAGUUCUUCUUUUGUCCCAGUAGAUAUGAAGCUUAUAUUGAAUGGCAGUCUUUUCCUGUAUUUGCACAGGAAUUAACACAAUGACUACAAGGUAAAAGUAUGCAUUAAAGUAAGGACUUCAAAGUAGUCAGGGAGCUCUAUCAAGGUUUCAUUUGAGCCUGUGUAUCCAGUGAUGUAACUCCACUAUUACCUGUGAUUGAAUUUGGCUGAAAAAGAAAACCAAACAAAACCUGCUCUGCAGCCAGUUGAUUUUUAAAGGGUUUAUUUGAGAUCUCUUCAUCCCUCCACUGAUCACUGUCAUCUGUCAGUGCUGCCACAGUGGGAAUGGGAACUCCUCGUAGGCACAAUGUCCUUUUACAUCCCCGCUGAGAAAAAACAGUUGUUUUUUUUCAAAACAUUAUGAAAAUCCACUUCCAUAAAUUAGGAUUAACCCAGGAUAAGGCUUAUUUGUUCUUACUGCAGCAAGCAUCGAACAGAUGAAGUAUUGCUUUGGUUACACAGUAGUGUAUCCAUUAGGAAGUCCAGUGAGGUCACAAAUCUGUUGAGCAAAAAUAAGAACCAAGGGAGAAACCCAAUGGGAAGGGGCUGUGCUCUUUGCCUCCAGGGGAGAGUCAGCAGUCAGCACCUCCUGGCACCUCCCAGGAGGCUUGAAGCAUCCUGCUUUUCUUUAAAGGAACCACUUGUCCUGAGAACAGCAGAACAGUCAUCAGACCUUGUGUAAGAUGCCAUUAAAAGUUGCUCCUUGAACCUACAAGACCAAAAAAGGUAGGAAAAGGCCUUAAAGAGGGAAGAGAGAAGGAGCAAAAUGCGGAGCUGAAAGAGCCAUGGAGACUGGCCAAAAAUUAAUGAGCUGAAAGUGAAGACAAAAGAAAGAAAUGAAAAUUAAUUGCAGUGACCAGAAUGGAACUGAUGAGGGAGGAGAACUCAUGCACAGAGCAGUUGGGUGCUGGAGAGGCAGCAUGCCACUGUUGAGAUGCCAGCGCCAGGCAGGGCUGCCAGCAGAAACCAUCCAAUGGCACCAGCUGCGGCUGCUCCUUCAGACAUUUUUCUUCUGAAAGAAAGCUCUUAAUACCAAAUAUACGGAAUUGCUUUGUUCAAACUGCACCCCUAAUAUUAUUUGAAAUCGUAAGGCAUAAAUGCCAAGUAGUUCUUCAACAAAUAACAAAUAGGAGAGCAAAAAACAGUUCCAGAAAAUGAGAACUGCAGGAAUGCAUUUAGAAUAUUUACUUAUUAAAAAUAUGAAUGAAAGCCAAAGCAGAUGACUGAAGUGAGAGAAGGCUGUUUUAUUUAACUAACAGUUGGGAAUCGUCAGUGAUUUUUUGUGGCUCUACCAUUUAUUUAUCUUUAUGCCAAGUUAUUAGCAGCUGUUUGAAUUUAGACUUAAAAAUUACCAUAUUUUUAAUUUGCUUUCUAGCUAGAGAUGUCAUGCAUAGAACCAAUACCACUGAACUACUAACUUAAGUGCAUAAAACAUAGAAAUUUUGCUAAAGGGAAUUUAAUAGCUACAGGGACCUUUCUAAAAUAAGGUUUUAAUCUGAAGAUGUUCAAAGGAAAUUGCCAACAGUUUAUUUGAACAUGUUCUAUGUCCAUGAUUCAUUUAAGUGUGUUGCUAAAUAGUUCUAAUUUGCUUUUUGAUCUGACUAAGAUAAACAGAUUAAUGCUUUUGUCUCCUUUGAGUUGAAGAUAUGCUGAAGAAGCCCAAUAAAAUCUUCUUUGCUUCAGUUUAUCCCUUUAGUUUUUGAUGAAGCUGCUGCAUUGACUGUAAUAAAAUGUCCCCUCUGUUAUUGCUUAAAAUGGCCACUGCAAUGCUGCAGCCUCUUUUGGUGUAUCCAAGGAGAUACAUCCUUACCGAUGUGGGUUGAUUCCUUUGCCCUCCUCCAGACUGGAGAUGUUAUAGAUCUUUUAUGGAGGACAGCACCACAGUGUUCCUGCCCUGGCUCUAAGGAGGAGGACUGUUGUUCAUGUUGUGCCAGUUGUGUGUCUGCCUAUACACAAAGUGGCAGAGCUUGCCCCCGUUGCAAUAGGUAGUGGCUGCUGAACUGUGUUGGCUUAUGAGGCACUGUGAUUUGCCAGUCCUUUGUGGUAACACAUAGGUGUUGUUCACAUUGGUGUGUAAGGCAUUAAUUCCUGGGUCAGUGAGAUGUCUUCAGUUGUUCGUUGAGUAGCAUCCUAGUUUUUCAGACUAGUUUUUCUUUUACCAAGGUCACUUUUUUUUUUUUUUUUUUUAAUUUAACCUGUUCAAUACUUGUAUUCCUUUUUCCUGCUGGUAUUUAUUUGCAUGAGUGGGAGUGAGGAAUCGACUGUUUGAACUUCUUAAUGCUUAAACAUGAAUGAUAGUGACAUAAGGGAUCUGUAUAUACAGAUCAUUAAGAGAAAUUGCCAUGACAAUAGACUCCGAGAACCUGCAAAAAUUAUUUACAAGGGUAAACAUGGGUAAUAAAUAUCAAAUAAUAUUCAGACACAAUUGUAAAUGUUACCUUGUUAGUGGCAUUUGCACAAUUUUUAUUAUACAUAUUCUCUCCUCACAAAAUAUACUCUGAUGCAUUCACCUUGUCUCUUUUUUUUUUUUUUUUUUUUUUUUUAAUUGAUUUUGUAAUUUCUCAUUAGGUUGAUGUCACUUUUUGAAAACAAAUGCUGUUUACCACCCUUGCUAUUAACCCUGUGGCUGCUGCUUCUGCUAUGUCAUGUGAAUGAAGCCUUUCAUUAUUCAUGUAACUUUUCUAUCCACCUCUUUACUCCCUUCCUCCUUUCCUUUUUGAAAGAUGCACAGCAAUGGCAUUUUUAAUAUAACUUGCUUUUCCACCUUUUUAUUGAAUGCAUAAUCUGAGGUCUAUGACAUUUAUUUGAGUUCAUCUAUUUUUAUGUUCUGUUCUUUUUAUAUGGCUCAUCUGUUCUUUUAGAUUCUCUUUCUUCUCUUCCCCUCCUCCCAGAUAACAACUUUUUAGGAUUCUCAGUCUCCUGUGGUUCUUCUCCUUCACAGUGACCACAAAUGCUCUUUGCACUUCCCUCCUCUGCUUUAUGUUUCUUGGACUUGAAAGAAAUUGCAAGAAAAUAAGGAGAAAACAUUAAAGAAAAGGAUGGUUAGCAAUUGGUGCAAGGGCUGAUUCACGUAAUACCUCACAUAAUAUCACAUAAUGACCUUCCCAUUCUGCUCCCACCAACUCUCCACUCUUCCUCCAGCCAGCGCUCCAGCCAGUGGCUGCCCCAAACUCGCCACUUUAGAGGAUGGCUGUUAGUGAUGACACCUUCUUUGCUGAAAAUGCCCUCCAGAUCUCUCCAUAAAGGCAGAAACCCACACCUCAUUGGGACUCCUAUACUUAUAUCGAGCAUGAUUCCACUGAAACAGUAAUGGAGCUAUGGACUGUCUGGCCUUGUCUUCUUUCCCUCCCAAUUAAACUUGGCUAACAUUGGUAAGCAGCAUUUAAAUGACAUAUAUGACUGAACUAGAGAAGAUGUGGUGCCUACAGGGCCCAAACAGAUAACAGGUGUGGGAGGUGGAAGGGCCUAGGGUGUUGUCCUAGGGAAGCCCAAUGAGCAAGCCCUGAUGUGGACCUGAAAGGAGGUAGGAGGGAGCUGGAUAUUCCUUAGCUUGGAAGCAGUGAUCAGGUAUAAACAAAAAGAAGUCUAGUUGUGUUACUCUGGAUGUGGUGGAGGUGCAGGACCAACUGCAGGCAUUUGUGAUUUAGAGUAAUUGGGAGCUUGGAUUUCCCUCCAAGUAACAGAGGGGUGGGAGGGUCCACAGGGUAAUACAGAACACCUGGGUCUCUUAACAAGGAAAGAGACAGAAAGGGAGUUUAAAGCUCAAGAUUAGUAAGUGUUUCUAAAUAUUGAUCUACUAAUGAGCUGGUGUAUGGAAGCCCAUGUUGUACAAGUGGCUUUUUGAAGGAAGGAAUGUAAGUCUCUAGUUUCAUCAAUAGAUACCCUUUUCUUCCAAAACAAUGUUCUGGUGUUUUAAAAGGUGACACUAUCAGUCAACUGUUGAAUAUACAGUGAAAAUAAUUAGACAGUUAAUGUUUACUUAAUGAUGAAACUGGUUUCUAGCAAGACAGUUUUAGGGAUGCAUUUGUAAUUGUUAAGGUUGGUCCUUUUCUUUUUCCACCCCACCUGAAUCACUUAACUGGCAUUGCUAGGUCUCUGGCUAGAUCUCCUCUCUUGACUCUCUUCUCAUUUUUUUUCCUCAUCCUUUCCUGUUCCAAAACCCAGACCUGGGGCAGUCACUGCAGUUGUGCUCCUACUUAGUGCAUGUGUGGGCAGGAGGGAUUUUGAUUUCUAUGUUUAUAUUUUUUUGCCUUUUGUAAUGGGAACGCAUGCUGUCAGACUUUCAUUUUGUUCUAAAGAGCUUCUUCACAGCGCAAUUCCUGUCAUACAGACUGAUACGUUUUUUUUUUUGUUUUUUUUUUGUUUUGUUUUUGUUUUUGUUUUUUUUUGUAUUUGUCUACUAUUGACACUUAGGCAUCUUACUUGG